AUGGUUGAUCUGGAGAGCGAAGUGCCCCCUCUGCCUCCCAGGUACAGGUUUCGGGAUUUGCUGCUCGGGGACCAAGGAUGGCAGAACGACGACAGGGUGCAAGUUGAAUUUUAUAUGAAUGAAAACACAUUUAAAGAGAGACUAAAGUUAUUUUUUAUCAAAAACCAGAGAUCAAGUCUAAGAAUACGUCUGUUCAAUUUUUCUCUGAAAUUAUUAAGCUGCUUAUUAUACAUAAUCCGAGUGCUACUAGAAAACCCUUCACAAGGAAAUGAAUGGUCUCAUAUCUUUUGGGUGAACAGAAGUCUACCUUUAUGGGGCUUACAGGUUUUAGUGGCACUGAUAAGUCUCUUUGAAACAAUACUGCUUGGUUAUCUCAGUUAUAAGGGAAACAUCUGGGAACAGAUUUUACGAAUACCCUUCAUCUUGGAAAUAAUUAAUGCGGUUCCCUUCAUUAUCUCAAUAUUCUGGCCUUCCUUAAGAAAUCUAUUUGUCCCAGUUUUUCUAAACUGUUGGCUUGCCAAACAUGCCUUGGAAAAUAUGAUUAAUGAUCUACACAGAGCCAUUCAGCGUACACAGUCUGCAAUGUUUAAUCAAGUUUUGAUUUUAAUAUCUACAUUACUAUGCCUUAUCUUCACCUGCAUCUGUGGAAUCCAACAUCUGGAACGGAUAGGAAAGAAGCUGAAUCUCUUUGACUCCCUUUAUUUCUGCAUCGUGACAUUUUCUACAGUGGGCUUUGGGGAUGUGACUCCAGAAACGUGGUCGUCCAAGCUUUUUGUGGUUGCCAUGAUCUGUGUUGCUCUUGUGGUUCUCCCUAUCCAGUUUGAACAGCUGGCCUAUUUGUGGAUGGAGAGACAAAAGUCAGGUGGAAACUAUAGUCGACACAGAGCUCAAACUGAAAAGCACGUUGUUCUGUGUGUCAGCUCACUGAAGAUUGAUUUACUCAUGGACUUUUUAAAUGAAUUCUAUGCACAUCCAAGACUCCAGGAUUAUUAUGUGGUGAUUUUGUGUCCUACUGAAAUGGAUGUGCAGGUCCGAAGGAUCCUCCAGAUUCCCAUGUGGUCACAAAGAGUUAUCUACCUUCAAGGUUCGGCCCUUAAAGACCAGGAUCUGUUGAGAGCAAAGAUGGAUGAUGCUGAGGCCUGUUUUAUUCUGAGCAGCCGUUGUGAAGUGGACAGGACGUCAUCUGAUCACCAAACAAUUUUAAGAGCAUGGGCUGUAAAAGAUUUUGCUCCAAAUUGCCCUUUGUAUGUCCAGAUCUUAAAGCCUGAAAAUAAAUUCCAUAUCAAAUUUGCUGAUCACGUUGUUUGUGAAGAAGAGUUUAAAUACGCCAUGUUAGCUUUAAACUGUAUAUGCCCGGCAACAUCUACACUUAUCACGCUACUGGUUCAUACCUCUAGAGGGCAAGAAGGCCAGCAGUCACCAGAACAAUGGCAGAAGAUGUAUGGCAGAUGCUCUGGGAAUGAAGUGUACCACAUCGUUCUGGAAGAAAGCACAUUUUUUGCUGAAUAUGAAGGAAAGAGCUUCACAUAUGCUUCUUUUCAUGCACACAAAAAGUUUGGUGUCUGCUUGAUUGGUAUUAGGAGGGAGGAUAAUAAAAACAUUUUGCUGAAUCCAGGUCCUCGAUAUAUUAUGAAUGCCACAGAUACAUGUUUUUAUAUUAAUAUUACCAAAGAAGAGAAUUCAGCAUUUAAAAACCAUGACCAUCAGAAAAAAAGCAAUGUACCAAGGUCAUUUUAUCAUGGACCAUCUAGAUUGCCUGUACAUAGCAUAAUUGCCAGCAUGGGUACUGUGGCCAUAGACUUGCAAGACACAAGCUGCAGAUCAGCAAGUGGCCCUACCCUGUCUCUUCCUACAGAAGGAAGUAAAGAAGUCAGAAGACCCAGCAUUGCUCCCGUUUUAGAGGUUGCAGACACGUCAUCAAUUCAAACAUGUGAUCUUCUAAGUGAUCAAUCAGAAGAUGAAACUACACCAGAUGAAGAAAUGUCCUCGAACUUGGAAUAUGCUAAAGGCUACCCACCUUACUCUCCAUACAUAGGAAGUUCACCCACUUUUUGUCAUCUCCUUCAUGAAAAAGUACCAUUUUGCUGCUUAAGACUAGACAAGAGUUGCCAGCAUAACUACUAUGAGGACGCAAAAGCCUAUGGAUUCAAAAAUAAGCUAAUUAUAGUUGCAGCUGAAACAGCUGGAAAUGGAUUGUAUAAUUUUAUUGUUCCUCUCAGGGCUUAUUAUAGACCAAAGAAAGAACUUAAUCCCGUAAUACUGCUAUUGGAUAACCCGCCAGACAUGCAUUUUCUGGAUGCCAUCUGUUGGUUUCCAAUGGUUUACUACAUGGUGGGCUCUAUUGACAACCUAGAUGACUUACUCAGGUGUGGAGUGACUUUUGCUGCCAACAUGGUGGUUGUGGACAAAGAAAGUACCAUGAGUGCCGAGGAAGACUACAUGGCGGACGCCAAAACCAUCGUCAACGUGCAGACCCUGUUCAGGUUGUUUUCCAGCCUCAGUAUCAUCACAGAGCUCACCCACCCAGCCAACAUGAGGUUCAUGCAGUUCAGAGCCAAAGACUGCUACUCUCUCGCUCUUUCAAAGCUGGAAAAGAAAGAAAGAGAACGAGGUUCUAACUUGGCCUUCAUAUUCCGACUGCCUUUUGCUGCUGGGAGGGUGUUCAGUAUCAGCAUGUUGGACACACUUCUUUAUCAGUCAUUUGUGAAGGACUAUAUGAUUUCUAUUACCAGACUUCUGUUGGGAUUGGACACUACACCAGGAUCGGGGUUUCUUUGCUCUAUGAAGAUCACGGAGGAUGACCUAUGGAUUAGGACUUAUGCCAGACUUUAUCAGAAGUUAUGCUCCUCUACUGGAGAUGUUCCCAUUGGUAUCUACAGGACGGAAUCUCAAAAGCUUACUACAUCUGAGUCUCAGAUAUCCAUCAGUGUAGAAGAGUGGGAAGACACCAAAGAUGCUAAAGAGCAAGCUCACCACCGGAGUAACCACCGCAACUCGACAUCCAGCGACCAGUCGGAUCACCCGCUGCUGAGGAGGAAGAGCAUGCAAUGGGCCCGAAGGCUGAGCAGGAAAGGCCCCAAACAUUCCAGUAGAACCGCGGAGAAAAUGACCCAGCAGCGCCUGAACCUCUACAGGAGGUCAGAAAGACAAGAGCUUGCUGAACUUGUGAAAAAUAGAAUGAAACACUUGGGUCUUUCUACAGUGGGAUAUGAUGAAAUGAAUGAUCAUCAAAAUACCCUCUCCUACAUCCUGAUAAACCCAUCUCCAGACACCAGACUGGAGCUGAAUGAUGUUGUAUACUUAAUCCGACCGGAUCCACUGGCUUACCUACCCAACAGUGAACCCAGUCGAAAAAACAGCAUCUGCAACACCAUGGUUCAGGACUCUCGAGAGGAAACUCAGCUUUGA